AUGUCUUAUUCCGAAAAAAACCGGAUUGGUGUUCAAAUUGGCAAACGUGCAGACUUGGCCGCCCAUCAGACCCUCGCAAUUUUUGGCUGUGGUCCUAUCGGCCUGAUCACUGCCGCUGUUGGGCAUGCGUAUUCCGCACGCAAGAUCGUGGCAUUUGAUAUCAGCCCUUCGCGAGUCGACUUUGCGAAGAAGUACAUUUCGCCACUCACAGGAAAACCGAUCAUCGACCACGUCUUUCAUAUUGAUCCCAUCCCGAGCGCACCUCCGCCGACCAAGACCAACGGCUUUCAUGUUGAGAGUAACGAUGCAACAUUAGGGGAUAGCGAAGCGAAUGGUGGAGACCAUGCACAAACAGAAGGAGACAGAAGAUGGGAGUGUGCGCGGCAACGUAUGCUUGAUAUCAUUGAACAGUGCGGCUUCAAUACCGAGGGCGGUGUCGACAGGGUCAUCGAAGCCAGUGGUGCUGAGGACGCCAUGCUCCAUGGCGUCGCGAUUUGCAAGCAGGGUGGCAUCUAUCUCCAAGUUGGACUGGGCCACGUUCAGACCCAUGUGUUUCCUACAAUUGCGGUAACAAAUAAGGAGUUGGACAUUAGAGGAAUUACACGUUAUACCGCCUCCUGUUUUCCGUCCGCCAUUGACAUGCUAGCCCGUGGCGUCGUUGAUCUCCGUCCGCUCAUCACGGCCAUAAUUCCACUCUCGCGAGCGAAAGAUGCCUUUGAAGCGGUGGCCAGUGGGAAAGAAUUAAAGGUUAUAAUCAAAAAUCAGGAGGUUUGA